UCCAGCAACUUCUGGCGUCUCCCAUGCAUGAGCCGUUCAGGUGCUGCGCGUAUGGAUCCGCUCAUGGCCCCAGGAAAGAUCAGUGAUCAUUUGCAUACUGUCUUUGGCUCCAGCGGCUUCUCUGAAUCUGUUACUCAGGCCAAUCUGUUAGACUCAAGCUGCACGUCAUGCCAGGUCACUCAAGACCGGUCCGUCUACUGGACUCCGCCACUCAUGUUCAAGUACCCUAACGGCUCGACAGCAAUGGUGAAUCAGGACGGCGGCAUGUUGGCCUACUACUUUGUCCGUGGCGAAAACCCAAAACCUUUCCCAGAAGGUUUCCGCAUGCUCGCUGGCGACCAGUUUCUACGUAACUUCACUGGUCCUGUGCCUGAUCCGCCCACAUCGGACUGGACCGCCGCGGAAACAACCCAGUUCUCUCUAUCGCAGAAAGCUCUCGGAUUUAACUGUUUGCAUUAUAACACGACCGAUGAGGGUUCUCUUUACCGCCAUUUCUUACCUGACAAAAAUUUCCUGGAUGAAAACUGCUGGGACGGUCUUCGCCUUGAACUCAUGUUUCCAUCUUGCUGGAAUGGCAAGGACGUCGACAGUCACGAUCACAAAUCACACAUGGCCUAUCCCAAUCUCGUCAGCGAUGGAACAUGUCCUGAAGGAUUCGAAACGCGCUUAGUCUCUCUGUUCUAUGAAACGAAAUAUGACACGCAAGAUUUCGCCGGAGUAGACGGUGAAUUUGUCUUCUCAAUGGGAGACCCAACCGGCUACGGAUAUCACGGUGAUUUCAUCCAGGGAUGGCAGCCAGAAUUUCUCCAGCAAGCUAUGAACGGAUGCACAAACCCCUCUGGUCAAGUAUCUGACUGUUCGCUCUUCAAUCUGCAAAGCAAUGCUGAAGCUGCAACCUGUACAUUCCCCGUUCCCGAGGCUCUACAAAUGGAAAACCCGUUUUUUGACGCCAACGGACUACUGGGUAAUGUCCCUAUUCAAUUCGGUCCGGCACAGGCGACGCCGUAUGGUGAAGCAGCUGUAGCGAUAAGUAGUAUUCUUCCUGCCGCUACUUCUGCCAUCAAUGAUGUGUCCUCCGUGAUUCAUUCUGCGGUUCCAACU